GACCAUCUCUCUGUCUCUGCAGGUUUCCUGCAGUCGUCCCGGCCGGCCAAUCAGAGCCGCUCUCAGAGGGUCCCGCUGAAACCCGCAGCAGGUAACAGGUGGGCGGAGCAGCGGGCGGGGGCGGAGUCACGGCGAGGUCAUCAUGACGUCGGUGGCGGCGGAGUUCGAACACAUGGAGAUCCAGCAGCAGUACAGCGACGGCGUCAACAACCGCUGGGACGCCGAUGACUGGGACAACGAGAACAGCUCGGCCCGCCUCUUUGAGCGCUCACGCAUCAAGGCGCUGGCAGAUGAGCGUGAAGCGGUGCAGAAGAAGACCUUCACUAAGUGGGUGAACUCCCACCUGUCCAGGGUGUCGUGUCGGAUCACGGACCUGUACAUGGACCUGAGGGACGGCCGGAUGCUCAUCAAGCUGCUGGAGGUUCUGUCUGGAGAGAGGCUGCCCAAACCCACCAAGGGCCGCAUGCGGAUCCACUGCCUGGAGAACGUGGACAAGGCCCUGCAGUUCCUGAAGGAGCAGCGGGUUCACCUGGAGAACAUGGGCUCCCACGACAUCGUGGACGGAAACCACCGCCUCACGCUGGGCCUCAUCUGGACCAUCAUCCUGCGCUUCCAGAUCCAGGACAUCAGUGUGGAGACGGAGGACAACAAGGAGAAGAAGUCGGCUAAAGACGCUCUGCUGCUCUGGUGCCAGAUGAAGACUGCAGGGUAUCCAAACGUCAACAUCCACAACUUCACCACCAGCUGGAGAGACGGGAUGGCCUUCAACGCCCUCAUCCACAAACACAGACCUGAUCUGAUCGACUUUGAUAAGCUGAAGAAGUCCAACGCUCACUACAACCUGCAGAACGCCUUCAACCUGGCAGAGCAACACCUGGGGCUCACCAAGCUACUGGACCCGGAAGACAUCAGCGUUGAACAUCCUGAUGAAAAAUCCAUCAUCACCUACGUCGUCACCUAUUACCACUACUUCUCCAAGAUGAAGGCGCUGAAGGUGGAGGGCAAGAGGAUCGGCAAGGUUCUGGACAACGCCAUCGAGACGGAGAAGAUGAUCGAGAAGUACGAGUCUCUGGCGUCGGACCUGCUGGAGUGGAUCGAACAGACCAUCAUCAUCCUCAACAACAGGAAGUUCGCCAACUCGCUGGUGGGCGUCCAGCAGCAGCUGCAGGCCUUCAACACGUACCGCACCGUGGAGAAACCGCCCAAGUUCACAGAGAAGGGGAACCUGGAGGUUCUGCUCUUCACCAUCCAGAGUAAGAUGAGAGCCAACAACCAGAAAGUUUUCACGCCACGCGAAGGAAAGCUCAUCUCCGACAUCAACAAGGCCUGGGAGCGUCUGGAGAAGGCGGAGCAUGAGCGGGAGCUGGCCCUGAGGACGGAGCUGAUCCGCCAGGAGAAGCUGGAGCAGCUGGCCCGCCGCUUCGACCGCAAGGCUGCCAUGAGGGAGACGUGGCUGAGCGAGAACCAGAGGCUGGUCUCACAGGAUAACUUUGGAUUCGACCUGCAGGCCGUGGAGGCGGCCACGAAGAAGCAUGAAGCCAUAGAGACGGACAUCGCGGCGUACGAGGAGCGCGUUCAGGCGGUGGUUGCCGUGGCGAGGGAGCUGGAGGCGGAGAGUUACCAUGACAUCAAGCGCAUCACGGCCAGGAAGGACAACGUGAUCCGGCUGUGGGAGUACCUGCUGGAGCUGCUGAAGGCCCGGCGCCACAGGUUGGAGCUCAACCUGGGCCUGCAGAGGGUUUUCCAGGAAAUGCUCUACAUCAUGGACUGGAUGGACGAGAUGAAGAUGCUGCUGCUGUCCCAGGACUACGGGAAGCACCUGCUGGGUGUGGAGGAUCUGCUGCAGAAACACGCUCUGGUGGAGGCCGACAUCUCCAUCCAGGCCGACCGCGUCCGCAACGUCAACAGCAACGCCCAGAAGUUCGCUAGCGACACUGACGGCUACAAACCCUGUGACCCGCAGGUCAUCCGGGACCGCGUGGCGCACAUGGAGUUCUGCUACCAGGAGCUGAACCAGCUGGCGGCGGAGCGGCGCGCCCGCCUGGAGGAAUCCCGCCGCCUCUGGAAGUUCUUCUGGGAGAUGGCCGAGGAGGAGGGCUGGAUCCGGGAGAAGGAGCAGAUCCUGUCCUUGGAGGAUCAUGGGAAGGAUCUGACGGGGACGGUGCGGCUGCUGAGUCAGCACAAAGCCUUCGAGGACGAGAUGAGCGGCCGCGCCGCCCACCUGCAGCAGACCAUCAGGCAGGGCCAGCAGCUGGUGGACGACAACCACUUCGGAGCCGAGAAGAUCAAGGAGCGCAUCCAGGACAUCCAGGAUCAGUGGGCGGCUCUGGAGCGUCUGUCUGCCGUACGGAAAACCCGCCUGCAGGAGGCCUGCAACCUGCACCAGUUCCAGGCUGACGCCGACGACAUCGACACCUGGAUGCUGGACGUCCUGCGCAUCGUCUCCAGCGUGGACGUCGGCCAUGACGAGUUCUCGGCCCAGGCUCUGGUGAAGAAGCACAAAGACGUGGCGGAGGAGAUCAGCAGCUACCGGCCCGUCAUCGAGGCGCUGCACGAGCAGGCGCAGACGCUGCCGCCGCAGGACGCCGGCUCCCAGGAGGUCCGGGCCCGGCUGGCCGGCAUCGAGGAGCGGUACCAGGAGGUGGCGGAGCUGACCCGGCACAGGAAGCAGGCGCUGCAGGACGCGCUGGCGCUCUACAAGAUGCUGAGCGAGGCCAGCGCCUGCGAACUGUGGGUCGACGAGAAGGAGCAGUGGCUCAACGGCAUGGACAUCCCCGACAAGCUGGAGGACCUGGAGGUGGUCCAGCACCGGUUCGAGAGUCUAGAGCCGGAGAUGAACAGCCAGGCGUCUCGCGUCGCCGUGGUGAACCAGGUGGCCCGGCAGCUGGUCCACAGCGGGCAUCCCGGGGAGACCCAGAUCCGGGCCCAGCAGGACCAGCUCAACACCAGGUGGAGCCAGUUCAGAGACCUGGUGGACCAGAAGAAGGAGAACCUGAACUCGGCGCUGGGCGUCCAGAACUACCACCUGGAGUGCAACGAGACCAAGUCCUGGAUCAAGGAGAAGACCAAGGUGAUCGAGUCGACCCAGGAGCUGGGCAACGACCUGGCCGGGGUCAUGGCGCUGCAGAGGAAGCUGACCGGCAUGGAGCGCGACCUGGCCGCCAUCGAGGACAAGCUGACGGACCUGGACAAGGAGGCGGAGCGCCUGGCCAGCGAACACCCGGAGCAGGCCGGCGCCAUCAGGGGCCGGCUGGCCGAGAUCACCGCCGUCUGGGACGACAUGAAGGGGACGCUGAAGAACCGCGAGGAGUCUCUGGGCGAGGCCAGCAAGCUGCAGCAGUUCCUGCGGGAGCUGGACGACUUCCAGUCGUGGCUGUCCCGCACUCAGACCGCCAUCGCCUCGGAGGACAAGCCCAACGCGCUGGCCGAGGCCGAGAAGCUGCUGGCCCAGCACGAGAACAUCAAGAACGAGAUCCGCAACUACGAGGAGGACUACCAGAAGAUGAGGGACAUGGGGGACAUGGUGACGCAGGGCCAGACGGACGCCCAGUACAUGUUCCUGCGGCAGCGGCUGCAGGCGCUCGACACCGGCUGGAACGAGCUGCACAAGAUGUGGGAGAACCGGCAGAGCCUGCUGUCCCAGUCCCACGCCUACCAGCUGUUCCUGAGGGACACCAAGCAGGCCGAGGCCUUCCUCAACAACCAGGAGUACGUCCUGGCCCACACCGAGAUGCCCACCACCCUGGAGGCCGCCGAGGCCGCCAUCAAGAAGCAGGAGGACUUCAUGACCACCAUGGACGCCAACGAGGAAAAGAUCAGCGGCGUGGUCGACACCGGGCGCCGCCUGGUUGCCGACGGCAACAUUAACGGCGAGCGCAUCCAGGAGAAGGUGGACUCCAUCGACCAGAGACACAAGAAGAAUCGGCAGGCGGCGAAGGAUCUGCUGAGCAGGCUGAAGGACAACAGGGACCUGCAGAAGUUCCUGCAGGACUGCCAAGAGCUGUCCCUGUGGAUCAACGAGAAGAUGCUGACGGCUCAGGACAUGACGUACGACGAGGCCAGGAACCUGCACAGCAAGUGGCUGAAGCACCAGGCCUUCAUGGCCGAGCUGCAGUCCAACAAGGAGUGGCUGGACAAGAUCGAAAAGGACGGCCAGGCGCUGAUGGCAGAGAAGCCAGAGACGGAGGCCAUGGUGAAGGAGAAGCUGGCGUCCCUGAAGGUCAUGUGGGACGACCUUGAGUCGACCACCCAGACCAAGGCCAAGUGUCUGUUUGACGCCAACAAGGCCGAGCUUUUCACCCAGAGCUGCGCCGACCUGGACAAGUGGCUGACCGGCCUGGACAGCCAGCUGCAGUCCGACGACUUCGGCAAAGACCUGACCUCCGUCAACAUCAUGCUGAAGAAGCAGCAGAUGCUGGAGAGCCAGGUGGAGGUGCGUCAGAAGGAGGUGGAGGAGCUGCAGAAGCAGUCGCAGGCGCUGAGCCAGGAGGGGAAAGGUUCUGACGAGGUGGACGGGAAGCGGAUCACCGUGGAGAACAAGUUCCAGACGCUGCUGGCGCCUCUCAAGAUGAGGCGCGACAACCUGAUGGCGUCUCGCGAGAUCCACCAGUUCAACCGAGACGUGGAGGACGAGAUCCUGUGGGUGGAGGAGCGGCUGCCUCUGGCCACGUCCACCGACCACGGACACAACCUGCAGACGGUGCAGCUGCUCAUCAAGAAGAACCAGACGCUGCAGAAGGAGAUCCAGGGCCACCAGCCUCGUUUUGACGACAUCUUUGAGCGCAGCCAGCAGGUCCUGCGGGCCGGCAGCCCCACGGCCGAGCCGAUCCGGCAGAGGCUCACCGAGCUGCAGGCGCUGUGGGAGCGGAUCCGGAAGGAGACGGAGAACCGGCAUUCCCGCCUCAGCGAGGCCCACGAGGCCCAGCAGUACUACUUUGAUGCUGCGGAGGCCGAGGCCUGGAUGAGCGAACAGGAGCUGUACAUGAUGUCUGAGGAGAAGGCCAAGGAUGAGCAGAGCUCGGUGGCCAUGCUGAAAAAGCAUCAGAUCCUGGAGCAGGCGGUGGAGGAUUACGCCGACGCCGUCCAUCAGCUGUCCAGCACCAGCCGGGGCCUGGUGGCCGCAGGACACCCCGACAGCGAGCGCAUCGGCAUGCGGCAGUCGCAGGUGGACAAGCUGUACGCGGGGCUGAAGGACCUGGCGGAGGAGCGGCGCGGGAAGCUGGACGAACGUUUCCGUCUGUUCCAGCUGAACCGGGAGGUGGACGACCUGGAGCAGUGGAUCGCCGAGAGGGAGGUGGUGGCCGGGUCGCACGAGCUGGGCCAGGACUACGAGCACGUCACGAUGCUGCAGGAACGUUUCCGAGAGUUCGCCCGCGACACGGGGAACAUCGGUCAGGAGCGCGUCGACGGCGUCAACAAGCUGGCGGACGAGCUGAUCAACGCGGGCCACGGCGACGCGGCCACCAUCGCCGAGUGGAAGGACGGGCUGAACGAGGCCUGGGCCGACCUGCUGGAGCUCAUCGACACGCGCACGCAGAUCCUGGCCGCCUCCUACGAGCUGCACAAGUUCUACCACGACGCCAAGGAGAUCCUGCACCGCAUCCUGGACAAACACAAGAAGCUGCCGGAGGAGCUGGGCCGCGACCAGAACACCGUGGAGACGCUGCAGAGGAUGCACACCACCUUCGAGCACGACAUCCAGGCGCUGGGCACGCAGGUCCGGCAGCUGCAGGAAGACGCCGUCCGUCUGCAGUCGGCGUACGCCGGAGACAAAGCCGACGACAUCCAGAAGAGAGAAGGAGAGGUGCUGGAGGCCUGGAAGAACCUCCUGGAGGCGGCGGAGGCCCGGCGCUCCAAGCUGCUGGACACGGCCGAUAAGUUCCGGUUCUUCAGCAUGGUGCGGGACCUGAUGCUGUGGAUGGACGACGUCAUCCGGCUCAUCGAGGCCCAGGAGAAGCCCAGGGACGUGUCGUCGGUGGAGCUGCUGAUGAACAACCACCAGGGCAUCAAGGCGGAGAUCGACGCCCGAAACGACAGCUUCACGGCCUGCAUCGAGCUGGGCAAGGCGCUGCUGGCCAGGAAGCACUACGCUGCAGAGGAGAUCAAGGAGAAGUUGCUCCAGCUGACGGAUAAGAGGAAAGAGAUGAUCGAUAAGUGGGAGGACCGCUGGGAGUGGCUGAGGCUGGUGCUGGAGGUGCACCAGUUCUCGCGGGACGCGGGCGUGGCGGAGGCGUGGCUCCUGGGCCAGGAGCCGUACCUGUCCAGCCGGGAGAUGGGCCAGAGCGUGGACGAGGUGGAGAAGCUCAUCAAGCGCCACGAGGCCUUCGAGAAGUCCGCCGCCACCUGGGAGGAACGCUUCGCCGCGCUGGAGAGGCUGACCACGAUGGAGUUACUGGAAGUGAGAAGAAGGCAAGAGGAAGAGGAGAGGAAGAGGCAGCCGGCAGAGGCUGCUGAGGCUGCAGCCCAGAGCAGGGAGGGCGAGCCGGUGUCCCAGAACGGGCUGCCGUCCGACCAGGAGUCGCCCCGGGAGAACGUGGACGAGGCGGUGAACGGGGUGUCGGAGCGCAGCCCCGCGGGGUCGCCCGGCGCCGCCCGUAAGGCCAAGCCCAGCCAGGCGGCGACGCUGCCGGCUAAGAGCCAGCAGGACGGCGCCACCUCUCUGCUGGAGGCCUUCCUGCACCGCAAACACGAGUGGGAGGGUCACAACAAGAAGGCCUCCAACAGGUCCUGGCACAACGUGUUCUGUGUGAUCAACCAGCAGGAGAUGGGUUUCUAUAAGGACCAGAAGAGCGCGGCGCAGGGCGUCCCCUACCACAGCGAGAUCCCCGUCAGCCUGAAGGAGGCGCUGUGUGAGGUGGCGCUCGACUACAAGAAGAAGAAACACGUCUUCAAGCUCAAGCUCACUGACGGGAACGAGUAUCUCUUCCAAGCCAAAGACGACGAGGAGAUGAACUCCUGGAUCUCGGCCAUCGUGGCGGCCGCGGGCUCCAGGGUGGAAGUGACGCCCAGCAGCCACAGCACGCCGGCCCCCGCCGCGCGCGCCCAGACGCUGCCGGCCACCGUGGCGGCCUCCACCGCCGAGUCCAGCCCGGGAAAACGGGAGAAAGACAAGGAGAAACGCUUCAGCCUGUUCAGCAAGAAGAAGUAGACGCUCCUCCUCCUCUUCCUCUCCUCCCGUCCCGCGGCUGUUUGGGGUCUCUCCUCGUUGUCCUCGUUCAUCCAGCUCCUAGCAGCUGAAGCUCAGAAUGUAGAUCUGUCUCUUUAGUCCAUCCUGAUGAUGAUUCCUAACAUUUCCUGAUCCCAAACAGCCUUCCUUCCUCCCUCCUCCUCUUCCUCUCAAAGCGUGACUCCAGCAUGCCAGCUCCGAGCCAAAACUCUCCACUCUGUGCCUCUCAGCCGUCCGGCGGCCCAGAGUUCCCGCUCAGCUGCGGCGCGGCGGGAACCGU